AUGAAGAAACCAGAAAUCACCAAAACAAAAACAACAAGCAACUCCAAAGACGAAACCUGGAAAACCGAACCCCCCUACGUCGCCCCAGGAAAAUCCCACCCCCACGGCGACGCGUUUUCCAAGAAAAUCCGCGGCGCCUGCCACUGCGGCCAAGUCACCUACUGGCUCGCCAAAGACGAGCCCCUGGCCUCAAAGUUCUGCCACUGCAGAGACUGCCAGAAAAUGCACGGCGCGCCCUUCCAGUGGGCCGCCAUCUUCCACAAGGAGGACCUCGCCUUUGACAAUGGCGUCGACGGCCUGGCGUUUUACUCGUCGGGCAAGAACCUCCAGGGCCACGAUUUACCCUGCAAGGUCAGCUGCGGGUUCUGCGGCAGCCGCAUCAUGGACGAGGGGCGCAACAUGGUCUUGUUGUUUCCUGGGCUUUUGGAUUUUGAUGGCGAGGAGAAGAGGAAGAAGUUUGAUGUGCAAAAACACAUCUUUUACGGGCAGAGGGUCGUUGAUCUCCCGGAUGGAAAGCCCAAGUGGAGCGGCCUGGAUGAGAAGAGCGAGCUCAUGGAUGAGGAGGUCGUCGACGUGAAACACAAGAAGCAGAAGACAAAGCAUUCCAGAGGUGAUUAG